AAAUCGCAAGCAAUCUUCGAGGAAAGAAGGAUCGCUAGAGCUGCUCCAAGAACUUCCCUUCUGCCUUGUUAGAUCGUAGACACUACAACGAUGUCAGGAUCUCCCCCAUUGCCAUUGUCUCCUUCCCAAGAAGCGGGGAGGCCAGGAAAUCCUCUGCCUACGGAUCUCCCCCGGGGCUACCGUUUCCGCCCAACUGAUGCUGAGCUGAUCAACCACCACCUGAAGCCGAAGUUGCUUGGCUAUCAUAGGCCUGGAAAAAGCAUCGUCAUUCCUGAGGUUGAUCUUCGCAAGGUGGAGCCAUGGGAUCUGCCCGACACGUCACGACUGGAUACAAGUGAAUGGUAUGUCUUCAACCUGAGGAGGCACCGUGGGGGCUUCCGCAUCCGGGUUGAUCGAGCAACACCGGGCGGAUACUGGAUAUUAACCCGGAAAAAGAGGGUUAUGGACGACGGCAAUAAUAGGAUGGUGAUUGGGACGAAGAAGACAUUUUUCCAUUAUAGGGGGAAGGCACCGAAGGGUACCAAGAAUGAAGAAUGGGUUAUGCACGAGUACGGCGUCGAGGUACUGCCCCCGGCCGCGCCCUCGGCCGUGCCCCCGCCGCGCCCCGGCCGCCGCAGGUACUGCAUCCGUUCAUGUUCCACCAGCUGA